GAUAUGUAUAUCAGAUACAGCCUCUUUUUUUAGAGAAGGAAGUGUUCCCUUUUCUGACUGCGUGAGCAGUGCUGUAGUAGGCUUGCUGGACGCCUCUGAAAAUGGGGCAAAUUGAAUGGGCAAUGUGGGCAAACGAACAAGCCUUGGCAUCUGGACUGAUUCUUCUUGCUGGUGGGAUUGUUGCUGUGGCCGGUCAAUUUAAAGGUUGGGAGUUUGGAGCAUAUGGCAUUGCUGCCGGUGUAUUUAUCACCCUGCUAGAAUAUCCUCGAAGCAAGAGAAAGAAGGGAUCCACAAUGGAGAGAUGUGGUCAGAAGUACUUGGCAGCUGUAGUUAAAGUUUUUGGCCCCCUCACACGAAAUUACUAUGUCCGCGCAGUCCUCCAUGCAGGACUGGCAGUACCUGGAGGGUUUAUACUAGCCACUAUCUUGGGCACUGUGUGCCUUGGCAUUGCAAGCAUCAUUUACUUUCUGGCGGCCAUUCGUGGGGAGGAAUGGCGUCCUAUUGAGAAGCAAGCAGAACCAAAGCAAAGGGCGGGAGAAACAAUUAAACGCCCUCCAGAGAACCCGCCUCCACGGCCCCCAGCAGAGGUGCGAAGGAAACAGGCUGAUGAGGUUUCUGUGGGAGGGGGCCAUGUUAACCCCAUUCCUGUCACAGAUAAUGUAUGAUGACUUUUCCCUUCUGAAUCUGUAUUUUUUGUUCAUACUAAAGGACUUUGCAGUCUUCUUUUUGCUCACAACCACCAUGUAUAUAAUAUAGUCAUUAAAGACGGUCUAGCUUUUGUAUAUAUUUUUAAACGUACGAUUUUAUAUACUGCUCAGCCGUGGCUGCCGACGCUUGCUACUACAGGUAGAUACAUACCUGUCCUCUGUCUGUGCAUGCAGAAAUAAAGCUCAGCCACAUUCAUGGAUGUUAUAACAUUUCUAGCUGCUUUUAUAAUAAAAUGUAUACCUUUUACUAGUA